CGCUGCACUGCAAGUCUGCAACAAUAUGCUAGCGUGGAUGCUGAUGGGCAAGCUCGCCGGAGCGGCGCUGCAGGUCGCGCUUGCUGCCCCGCUCGUGCUCUUCCUCCCGGCCUACUACGUCUACAAGCUCACCACCUCCUUGCUCCGCUCCCUCUUCCCCGAGGACGUCGCCGGCAAGGUCGUCCUCAUCACGGGCGCCUCAUCCGGCAUAGGCGAGCACCUGGCUUAUGAGUACGCGAAGAGAGGCGCCAACCUGGCGCUAGUGGCGAGAAGGGAGGCGAGCCUCCGGAAGGUCGCCGACAACGCGCUGGCGCUUGGCUCGCCUGUCGUCCUCGUCUUGCCCGCCGAUGUCUCCAAGCCCGACGAGUGCCGGAAGUUCAUCGACGACACGGUGACCUACUUCGGAAGAUUGGACCACCUGGUGAACAACGCGUCGAUUUGGCAGGUCUGCAAGUUCGAAGAAGUUGAGGACGUGAAUUACUUCAGAGAACUCAUGGACAUCAACUUCUGGGGCCAUGUGUACCCGACUCGCCAUGCCAUCCCUCACCUGAAGAGAACCCAUGGCCGGAUCGUCGGCGUCACCUCCAACUCCUCCUACAUAUUCAUAGGGAGGAAUACCUUUUACAACGCUAGCAAAGCAGCGGCGCUGAAUUUCUACGACACGCUCCGGAUGGAGCUGGCCGGAGAGAUCCGCAUAACAGAGGUCGUCCCAGGGGUGAUCGAGUCGGAGAUCACAAAGGGGAAGAUGCUCACCAAGGAGGGAGAGAUGAAGGUUAACCAAGACGAAAGAGAUGCGAUCCUCGGGCCAACGCCGGCGGAGAGUGUGGGCAAUUUCGCAAAGACGGUCGUGAGAGAUGUGUGUCGGGGGGCGAGGUACGUGUUCGAGCCACGGUGGUACAUGGCGGUGUACAUGUUCCGGUUGUGCUUCCCGGAGAUCCUGGCAUGGAACUCGAGGCUAUUGGCCGUGAAGACGCUUGGCCCUGCGACCACCGACACACUGGGGAAGCAGAUCCUCGACGUGCCAGGGGUGCGCUGGUUCACCCAGCCGGGGUCGCUCCGGUCGCCAGAGAUCAGGGCCAGGUGAAUGGGUGUGGCUGGACAAGCCCGUUGUGCACUGGGUCCGCCUGGGACGGUAGCUUUGUCGAACUGAACCGUUCGUUGUUUGAGUAACUAGUAGCCGCGCAAACAUCUUUUAUCAUCUUUAUAAUUAUCACAAAAACAAAUCAUAUUUUACUGUUCUUUCUGUGUAGUUUGUACUCAAUAAUAAUGAGUGUAUGC